AUGGCGGCGCCUCAGUCCUCCACCGAUUCGCUGGUUCCGCCCCUCCGCCGCCACCCGCGCCGCCUCGUCUUCGACCGCCGCUACGGCUGGAUCUUCGACGAGUGGACGGACCCCGCCGACCAAGCCCUCUCCGGCGGCCGCGGAAUGUUCUGUGCGGUGACGAUGGCGCGGUCGCUGGUGAACGCUGCGGCGUCCUCGAUUAACUAUGCUGCCAGUUCAAUCAGCAGAGUUCUUGAACACCCCAAAAGAUUGCCUCUACCAGCAUAUAUGUCUAGCCUAGCAUUCCGCAAGCAGCAAAGCCUGGUUUCGUGA